AUGAACAAGAAAGGCGGCCUAUCUGUGCGCGCACGUCCAGCAAGCAAGGUGAAGAAGAAGCCUCCCGGAUUCUUGAACCUGCCUGGAGAACUGCGAAAUCAAAUCUAUGACUACUACUUUCAGCAGGGCUUCAAAUGCGAGUUCGCAGAGAAGGACGCGAAGUUGGGUCGGAAGCAGCGCGACAGCCUCAAAUUCUUCAUGCGCAAACUCAACUCGUGCGACGUGCAAGCUAGUUGUGAAAAGAGGUUCGCGCCCAUAGCAACGGUAUACGCCGAGUCUAUCCGCUUUCUCUACGAGAAUACGACAUUUGCGUUCGACUCGCCCAACCGGAUCGUCAGCUUCCUGAACAUCCCUCUGGCGACCAACUUGGCCCACGUGACAAGGAUACAAUUGUACUACCGUGUCUAUGGCGACCCGAAGAGAACUGAGGAUAUCCGAUGGAAACAAAAGCACCGCGACAGCUGGAGCCGUACCUGCAAAGCUGCCGCGAAACAGCUCGUCAAUCUACAACAUGUCAACAUCUGGAUAUGUACCCGAGAGACCAGUGUACGCUUGGAUCUCCACGAGCCUUGGCUCAAACCAAUGUGCUGGUUUCGUAAACGCCUUGACCCGAGAAAAACCCUUGCGAAGGCAUUGAAAACGGCUAAUGUGCGCAUCGACACAAUGUGGAACAGACAGGGGGUGUUCACGGACAAGCGCUUGCAAUGGGCAUCAGAACACCUGCAUGAAUUAUUUGAGGAAGCUAUCAGUAGUAUGAUCCUUGGUGCAACAGUGGAGGUGGCUAUGAAGGAUUUCAACCACGCAUGGGAUAAUCAGUAUGUUCAAUGGCAUCAUCAUCUGCAGUUUGCAAGGACGGGCUGGUAG